GGUAAUGGCUAUCUUGACUUUGCUUCAGUUCAGCUCGCCUGCAUUCCUCCUCUCUCUAAACCCUGGCCGAUAGAGACAGAGAAAGAAAGGAGGAGCAGGAGGGGGGCAGAAAACACAAAUUAUUAUUCACAACCGUGUUGGAUUUUUAUGAAACCCGGAGUCGACUCAUACGGGACACAUCAAGCCACGAAAAUUACUCCUGCCAGACGGCUCCUUCGGACGUACAAUACCGAGAAAAUGCGUAUUUUUCUUUACUGAAAAGGGGACUGUGGCGUUGAUGAGUCUGUGUAGGACAGCUAUCGAAAAGCAGCUUUGGUGAAACAGCCUACAGCGUUUCCACAGCGGAUAUCUACUUUUUUUCUUUCUUUUUUUAAAUGAGGAUUUGCAAGAUGGCUGAUGACAGCUAGCCCUAACAAGGACAGAAACGCGACGUCCCCUUUAAGAUCAGGAGGGUAUAUUUUUGUAUUUUUUUUGUAAUUUUUUUAGUUAAAUAUAUAAAUAUGGCUGCUUCUAAAAAUAAUGACCAUAGGUUAUAUUAACAGCGACUGUCCUCGUGUGAAAGCGGAGUGGAUGUAGUGUUUAUCUGUACCUGUGCUAUGGUAGAAAAUGGUGAGGUGACGUCUGAGGUAAUUUACGCGAUUUAAUCGAGAUAAGGAAGUACAUAAAUAUGUUGUUGGCUGAAGGCUGUAGGGGGGGAAAUGGUACAAACCAAAGUAAAAUAAAAUAAAAUGAAGGGCUCCACAGCUGAGAACUAGUAAUCUUUGUGUGAGGAGAUAUUUGAUAGAUGUUUCUGGCUCUGCAACAGCAGCCCAACAUUCCUGCGGAUCCUAAAAACCCCUUUGUUUUGUGCGCAAGAGCUGGACUCGACUAUUAAAACGAUUAACUAUGCAGUAAACAGCCUCGAUGUGAUGGCCCGGGUAUGAUUUCCUUUUUAAUGAGAUUAUAAGGCCUUUGUUGUCGACUGAAAACUGGUAGAAAAGCUGCGGCCUUGUGUUCAGAUAUGCGAGCUGUGCCACAUAGCAGGCGUUAUUCAUCAAAUGGAAAUGUCGCUUUUAUGUCAAAUUGAAGGGCUGGAGGUACCUGUGUUUUUCCAUCUGACCUUUGAAACAGCUUUUUCUGCCUACUGCCAAACCAUCGCUGGUUGUAUGUAUAAUUAAAUUGCUGGUAGAGGCUACUCGGAUACUUAUUUAUGAUUCAGCGGACAAAAGCAUUGCGCUGCGUUGUGAUUAUAGAGGAAAUCAAGCGUCCUUGAGAUCCCGAUAAAACAGGUUCAGCUAUUUUUUCUCUCUCUCUCUCUCUCUGUAAAGCUUUCUGUGUGGGAAUAGUAAUCAGGGUGUGGGCUCCAGCAGUCCUUUCUCGUGCUUUUCAUGUUUUCAUGCAUGGUUUGUUGGUCUGAAUUGUCCACAGUCAGUCAUAAUCCGGCGUUUAAGUGGAAGAGAGCUGUGAAGGUAAGGGCAGAAAAGGAUCAAGUGUCUAUUCCCGUGCUACACAGAGAUUGAGUCUCUCCCUCGUCGUACAGGUAAUUGUGUAGAUCUUAAUUCUCUGUGCCUUGUUUGCAUUUCGUGGUUUACCUGUAGCAGACAGGCUGUUGGCUUCCUGCAGCAGGCCUUUAAACAGACACACACAGAAGCUGUGAAGUGAAGGCAGGCCCAGUGCUUGUGUGUAUGUGUGAGUGUGUGUGUGUGAUUUAGGGGAAAGGAAAGCACCGUUUACUGUAAUCUGCAUAACGUCAGCCCCUGUUGCAUGUGUUGAAAUCACCAAGGUGUUGUCAUUUUUGCCUGAAGCCUUCUCUGGUCAAGUUUCUGGAAUUUUGCCUUCAUGCUGCAGUAAUAAGCAAUACUCGUCAUCUGUCAGGGAGACUCCUCUAAUUUGGUCACAAAGGUCGGCCUACACAGACUGAUCUUUCAGGGGCGGCAUUGGGUCUGGUUUUAUCUUCUUUCUUUUUUUUCGCGAGACUCAGUUUGAGAGUGUCAGGUUUCCUGUGAGAGAGACAGAGGUCUGAAAGGAGUGGAAACCAGUGUAUGCCUGCCUGCACCAUGAUGGCCUCUGACAUGGCUGAGACAUGGAGGAACUGUUUUGAGGAGGAGCUUAUCUGCCCCAUCUGCCUACACGUGUUCUCAGAUCCCAUCCAGCUGCCCUGCAAGCACAACUUCUGCCGGGGCUGCAUCAGCGAGGCCUGGGCCAAAGACUCCUCGCUGGCUCGCUGCCCCGAGUGCAAUCAUGCUUACACCCAGAAGCCCAGCCUGGAGAAGAACCACAAACUAUCCAACAUAGUUGAGAAGUACAACGCCCUGAGCGUGGAGAAGGCCACCACGCCGACACUGCAGUGCAUUCUCUGCCGCCGGGGUCCCCCACUCCCCGCCGUGAAGGUCUGCCUGCGCUGCAACGCCCCGUGCUGCCAGUCACACGUCCAGACACACCUGCAGCAGCCGUGCUCAGCCCUCGGGCACCUGUUGGUGGAGGCGGAGGCGGUGAAGGCCUGGACCUGCCCCCAGCACGACGAGUACAGGCUGUACCACUGCGAGGCCGAGCAGACGGCUGUGUGUCAGUACUGCUGCUUCGCCCGUUGCCAUCCCAGCCACGGCCACGCCGUCACUGAUGUGGAGCUGCGACGCAAUGACAUCAGACAAAACCUGUUAAGACAGCAGGAACGCGUGGAGGAGCGAGUGCAGGAGAUUGAGGAACAGCUUUGCAAACUCGACUCAGACAAGUGUGUGGUGGAGGACAGGGUAUGUGAGCUGAAAGAGGAGGUGCGCCUGCAGUACCAGCGGAUGCACCAGCUCUUGGAGGAGGAUCUUGGUCGGACACUGGAGGCUCUGGAUCGGGCUCAGGCUCGGUUUUGUCAGGAGAACGCAGCCCAGGUUUUAGCUCUCGGGGAGCAGCGCCACGAGGCCCAGAAGCUGCUGAGCUCCAUCCAGACUGCCUUCGGGAAGGCGGAGGAGCUGAGCUUCAUGAAAAACACCAAGCCUGUUAAAAUCCUCACAGACAGAUCUCAGGCAUGUGUGGGCAGCAGUCUCCCUCCUUACAAAGUUGGGAAUCUCAACUCUAAACUUUUCCUUUCUGAGAUCUCAAAAAGAGAGAAGAGCUUGAAAAGAACACUUGAAGCUCCCCUCACCCCUCCCUCGACCUUCCUGCAGUCUGUUCCCGCCUAUCCCAGCGGUCAGAGCUCUGGCUCUGGUGCAGAGAAACGGAAACAUUCCACUGCUUUCCCAGAGGGAAAUGGGAACGGCGGAAAAAAUGCCGCACCGGGUUUCAAAGACUCGUCCUCCUCUUCCUCAUCUUCUUCCUCGUCGUUAGCCAAACAGCCCUACCUGGGGUCCAGCUCUGCCUCUGGAGAAGGCCAGUCCACCAAUCAGCAGGCUCUCGGACCCUGUGGCCCGCCUCACAUCAGCGAGAGCGGCGGGACGGGAAGCGGAAGUGGCUCGUUGACUAAUCACCAUUCAGGCUCUGUAUUCGGCUCCUCUCACUUCCCUCCUGGAGGCAGCAGUUCCUCGCACUCCUCCCAGCAGGCAGUGCUCCCUCAGUAUGGCGGUCGCAAGAUUCUGGUGUGCACGAUGGAUAACUGCUACUGCUCUGGAGUGCCCUCUGUGUCAGGCCACCGCAGCCACCCUCCGUACCCACGCUCGGGCUCUUUUCCCUGGGUCAGUGCCCAGGACUACCCCCCUCCUCCUGGCCUGGCUUCCGGAGGUCCGUCCAUGCAGGGCUUGGCAGUGAGGGACUGGAUAGACGCCUCACAGACACACAGACAUGCAGAUUUCUACGGGCUGUAUGGGCAGCCCUCUACAAAGCACUACGUCACCAGUUAACAGAGCAAACACACACACACACACACACACACAGAUAUAGAGACAGGCACCAAAAUAGCACACCUUUACCGACUUACUAACGGGAAUAAACACAAUACGAUUAUACUAUACACAUAUUAAAAUAAUUGUUUAUAUUUACACACAUACGCGCACACAUAUUCGGGGGCAGGGUUGAUCUCUUUGUUUUUAUUUUCUUCCUUUCUUUAAUUUUGGUCCGUGUUUUCAUGUAGUGUAUUAUACGUAAAAUGCAUAAACAGGCUGGUGAAACUCAGCUCAGCAUUUUACACAGAAACAAGGAAGAGAAGCCUGAAGAGGAGACGAGGAGAUGCAUCUUUUUUUAUUUAUAGAGUAGGAGAUGGAUUGGUAGGAAAUUAACUUUUAGUAGAGAAUCUUCUCAUGCUUCUUCAAGGCUUCUCACUGAGGCUAAAGGGAAAAGAGAUUAUACCGUGCAGUGUUGAGCUUUCCACGUUCAGCUCAUGUUUCUCUGAUAUAAUCACCCCUCCAGUUGUACUGAGGUCAAUUGCCUUAUGUUAUUAGCAAACAUAUUUUUCUCCACAUAGCUGACUUUGUUUGAUAGAUCCUUUAAAAAGGGACUGCGGUCCCUGCGUGUCCGUUUUAUUUUUAUUGUCAUGGCACUUCUUCCUUUCUUUGCUGAGUUCAGGGAUGGAUCGUACAGCUUGAACACAAAAAGCUCUUCCAUGGAACACCCACAAUGCACUUGUGGACGCCUUGCUAUGCCUGGACUACAGAUGCUGACCCACAGAGGGACAAUAGAGCAGCGUCUAAAGGGCCGGCUGACCCCAGCCCUCUGCAUUUUUGAGAAUUCGGCCCGCAUCCUUAGCACUCCCUUCCUGCUGCCACAGGACAGAAAAUAUUACAGACUGUUUCCAUUUAGUGAUGAAUGACUUUGUGUUAUUUGGUACACUUGUACGUGUAACGCUUGCCUACAGAGACUCUACUAUUUUAGAGAAAAGGGCAAGACUGGGGAGACCAAACUAAUCAGGCAUCUGGACGAUCUGAUGAUGCUGUAAUUGUACUUCCUGCAGGGCAAAGAUGUCACUUCCUCUCAAUAAGCACACAAGCUCUUGGCUUCCUGUUUGCAGCUGAAAGCAUGCAAGGAAGAGGUUUAGUUUUUUGUUUGUUUGUUUUUCUAAAAGCACUCAGAAGAAGAACAAUGGGGGAAAAGAAACUGUAUGCUGUUUUAAAAUGAGUGUACGAAAGAAACGAAGGGUGGGAGGAACUUUUUUUUUUCAUGAACUUUUUCUAAAAGACUGGACUGCAAGAUGUAAGCAAUGGUUCAUCAUCCUUAAAAGUAGCUGUUCCAACAGCCACGACAAAGAGAGAGGAAAAAAAAAAACCUAAAAGUAUCUUUUUUUGUAAAUAUUUUGUGAAAUGGAAAAAUUACAGACGUGAUUUGGAGAAAGGAUCCAAAUAAACAAGUUUAAACCAGUCUCUGCUGUCAACUGUGUAUGUGCGAAACAUCUCAUGUUUAAAGGAUAAGGUUGGUGAUAUUCUAUAUUUUUGUUACUGUAAAUAAAUCCCAUAAAAAGACAAAAAA